AUGAAUCAAUCAAUAAAACCCGGGGACAAUCCGGAUCUCACCGAUGAGAGACUUUCUGGAACAUUCGAUACAAAUGCAAUGGCUGCGGUGAUUUAUGGAAGUGACAAGCUAGCCCAACGCCGUCGAGAAAUCUCUGAAGCCGUCUCCAGAAUCCCGGAACUCAAAGACUCCAAACCGUAUCCAUUUAUGACUCGAGAGGAGAAAAUUCUAGAAGGAUCUAGAAAGAGCGCAGUCUUGAAUAGACUACUUCCUGGACUAAUUGAUUUGGAGAGUUUUGAGGAGACAGUUUUUAUUCAUCAAGAAGUCAUAGGCAUCGAAGGCUACCCAUUGGCACUGCAUGAGUCACUUUUUAUACCUCCCAUUGCUACUCAGGGUACUGAUGAGCAACAGGAGAAAUGGCUCAUGAGAGCUCAACGAAGAGAAAUCAUUGGUUGUUAUGCGCAAACGGAAUUGGGGCAUGGAUCAAAUCUCCGAGCACUGGAAACCACAGCUACAUUUGACAUUUCUACCCGAGAAUUCAUCCUGAAUUCUCCAACAAUAACUUCUCUGAAAUGGUGGCCUGGAGCACUUGGAAAAAGUGCAAAUUGGUCAAUUGUGAUUGCUAAUCUUAUUAUCAAAGAACACAACUAUGGUCCACAUCCCUUUAUGGUCCAAUUGAGAGAUGAGAAAUCACAUGAACCUCUUCCAGGGAUUACUGUAGGAGAUAUUGGACCAAAAAUGGCUUUUAAUGGGGCUGAUAAUGGAUUUCUUGGAUUCAAAAACUACCGUAUUCCAAGAGAGAAUAUGCUAAUGAGGCAUAGUAAAGUGACAUCAGAUGGGAGUUAUAUCAAACCACCGCAUGCUAAAAUUGGGUACUCGAGUAUGGUUAAAGUGAGAAGUCGAAUGGCCGCAGAGCAGGGAUUGUUUCUGGCACAUGCGUUGACGAUCGCCGUGAGAUAUUCGGCAGUGAGGAGACAAGGAUUUUUAAAGGAUAAAAGCCGUGAAGUGAAAGUGCUGGAUUACCAAACCCAACUACACCGUCUAUUCCCAUCAAUCGCUCGCGCCUACGCCUUCAUCUUCUGUGGAUUUGAAACAAUUCGAUUAUAUGAUCAAUUAUUGAUUGAUGUUCAAAAUGGGAAUACAUCUGGAAUGGCUGAUCUACAUGCAUUGACUUCUGGAUUGAAAUCAGUGGUCACUUAUCAGACUGGAGAGGGCAUUGAACAGGCGAGAAUGGCAUGUGGAGGGCAUGGUUAUUCUAUGGCCAGCUACAUCUCUGAGAUCUAUGGAGUCGCUAUUGGUGGAUGUACGUAUGAAGGGGAGAAUAUGGUGAUGCUUCUCCAGUUGGCAAGAUAUCUUGUCAAAUCGAUUGAAAUGAUUCAAAAUGGAAAAUCAAGGGAAUUGGGACCAAUGGUGGCGUAUCUAGCUGAAAAGGAAUCAGAAAUUGAUCUAAAUUUGGGACCAAAUGAGUAUCUGAAAGUGUUCGAAUAUGCAGCAAGGAAUCAGACAUGGAGAGCUACGGAAAAGUUCCAGAAGUUGAGGAAUUCUGGGAUGAGCAAUGAGAAGGCGUGGAAUCAAGCAUCCGUUGAGUUGACUAGAGCCAGUCGCCUGCACACUCGUCUCUACAUAAUGUCCACUUUCAUCAAUCAUGUAGGAUCAAUAGUAGAUCAAAAAGUGAAGGGCGUAUUGAUUGAUUUAUUGAAUGUACAUGUAACAUAUGAAGUCAUGGACAUUGGAAUAUAUGUCCAGGGAUUACUGUCAUCGAAUCAAAUGGACUUGAUAAGGAAUCAGUUGUAUGUGUCUCUUGAGACAAUCCGUCCCAACGCUGUCUCUCUCGUCGACUCAUUCCAAAUCAGUGAUAUGCAGUUGAGAUCGCAAGUUAUAUGCGCUUUUCUAGCAGCAUGGGACGAUUUUCAAACUAAGCAUUGUAUAAUGGUUCAACGAACUCGUUUCAAAACCUAUAUUUUGCAACAAAUUUCGUUUAACAAAAUCAAGUUUGAAGAAAGUUAUGAGCUUCGAUAUCUUGCCAUUCUUGUCGCAGUCUCUCUCAGAGUACCCUAUGUUAACGAUCUUUGUAUGGACCCCCGAAAAUUCAAAACUAGACAAAUGUUAUACCAUUUUGUCCUCGGUCGUCGCGAUGGAAAUGUCUAUGAGAAUCUCUUCAAAUGGGCAAAAUCGUCUCCAUUGAACCAGACAGAUGUACUUCCAUCAGUUACUCAGUACCUGAAGCCAAUGAUGGACAAAUCGAAAUUGUAG